AUGUCAGUGAGUGGAAGCCUUCAACAUAUCUUUGAAAACCCUUCAUUGCCAGAAAACCCUAGCCUCCUCGAAUCCCUCUCAGGGAUUCGAAUCAAACCACCCGUGAAAUCCAUCCACUCCUUCACCGAGAUAUUUGGUGAACUCCAUUUCAAGGAAAACCACCACCACCACCACCACCACAACAACAACAACGAAUAUGUUUCAAACACCACUCCAACAACAACAACACAACACAAAAACAUGCAUCUGUGCACUGAAGGGCUUGGCUUUGAGAGCUCCGAUGAUGUUGAAGACCGCAAGAAUAACGAGGUAAAUAGUGAUGAGAGAGAGAACGAAUGUUAUGAAAACAAAAAGAGUUUAGGGUUGGAAGAUUGGUGUGAAUGGAGGACGAGGUCGUCAAUUAGGGUUAAUAAUAAGAAGAAGAAUGAUGGGGUGGAAUACCCUCCUCCGAUUUCCAGCAUAGGGAGGAGUGGGAAGCCUUGUGUUAGCUUCAUGUCUUAUAGGGACAAUGGGAGGUUUGUUCUUAAGGAAGUGAGGAUACCCAUUCAGGAGUUCUUGCAUGCUCAUAGGGAAGAUGGGAGGUUGAAGCUUCACUUUGUGCAGCCUGAUCAGGAUGAUGACGACGGUGACUGUUGCAACCAAGAAGAAGAAGAGGAUUAUGAUGAAGUAGAAAGUGUAGUGGGAGAAGAACAUAUGGGAAAAGAAAAUGAUGAUGAGAGUGCUAUAGAUAUCUAG